CUGUAGUUUAGUUUUGGUCUGAAAGAGUCAAACCAGCAGCUGUGUUUGUGUGUCAGGUGUUUAAACGAGCGUGAAUCACACAUACACACCGCAGGAAUUCAGCUGUGUUUACAGCUCCACAGGCUUAAUGGCGCUGUGGAGGAAGUAAAGGGAUAAUGUAACCAGCUACUAGUUACCAUUUAACGCAGGUGGUUUUGUCGACGUCCUCAGACAUGCACUUGUAAUCGCAUUUUUGUUACUAGAUUGUAGCUUUUAAGCAGAGAGGUCAUCUCUGUUGUUUGUUCAUUAGCUAUGUUUCAGAUAGACAGAUAGUCAACAGGUGAAUGUUGUUUCUAAAGAGGAGAAAAGCUUCCCCUCAGCAGCUAUUAUGGCAAGUGCCCUUGCAUCAAAAAUGGGACUUUCGCUUCGGAGGAAGCAAGCCAAAAUCUUCAAUGUUACAGUUGUUACAAUGGAUGCUGAUUUGGUGUUCAGCUGUGAGCUGAAGUGGAGAGGAAAGGACCUGUUUGAACUUGUAUGCCGGACAUUGGGGCUCAGGGAGACCUGGUUUUUUGGUCUGCGGUAUGAUGUCAAAGACACUGUGGCAUGGCUGAAAAUGGACAAGAAGGUUUUGGAUCAUGAUGUGCCCAAAGAGGAGCCUAUAGUGUUUCAUUUCCUGUCCAAGUUUUAUCCCGAAAAUGUAGAAGAAGAAUUGGUACAAGACAUCACGCAGCACCUCUUCUUCCUCCAGGUGAAGAAGAGCAUUUUAGAAGAGGAGAUCUACUGUCCUCCUGAGGCUUCGGUGCUGUUAGCCUCUUACGCCGUCCAUGCUAAGUAUGGUGAUUACGACCCUAAUGUCCACAAGCCGGGCUUCCUGUCCCAAGAUGAGCUGCUACCAAAGAGAGUUAUUAAUCUGUACCAGAUGACUGCAGAGAUGUGGGAGGAGAGAAUAACAGUCUGCUACGCUGAGCACAGGGGCAGAACCAGAGAUGAAGCAGAGAUGGAGUAUUUAAAAAUAGCUCAGGAUCUGGAGAUGUAUGGGGUCAAUUACUUUUCCAUUAGGAAUAAAAAGGGAACCAGCCUUCUGCUUGGUGUUGACGCUUUAGGCCUCCACAUUUAUGACCUGGAUAACAGACUGACGCCCAAAAUCUCCUUUCCCUGGAAUGAGAUCCGAAACAUCUCCUACAGCGAUAAAGAGUUUGCAAUUAAACCUGUGGAUAAGAGGGCAGAUGUCUUCAAAUUCAACUCCUCAAAGCUCAGAGUAAAUAAACUGAUUCUCCAGCUGUGCAUCGGGAACCACGAUCUCUUCAUGAGGAGACGCAGGGUUGAUUCAUUGGAGGUCCAGCAGAUGAAGACUCAAGCUAGAGAAGAGAAAGCUCGCAAACAGAUGGAGCGGCAGCGGCUAGAGAGGGAGAAACAGUUGCGUGAGGAGGCAGAGAGAGCGCGUGAUGAACUCCAAAGGAGACUCAUUCAGUUACAGGAUGAAGCUCAUAUGGCCAAUGAAGCACUGUUGCGUUCAGAAGAGACGGCAGAUUUGUUGGCGGAAAAGGCACAAAUCGCUGAGGAGGAGGCCAAGCUUUUGGCUCAGAAAGCGGCUGAGGCUGAACAGGAGAUGCAGCGCAUUAAGGUGACAGCCAUUCGCUCUGAGGAGGAGAAGAGACUGAUGGAGCAGAAGAUGCUGGAGGCGGAGAUGAUCGCGCUCAAGAUGGCAGAAGAGUCUGAAAGGAGGGCCAAAGAGGCCGACCAGCUGAAACAGGACCUGCAGGAGGCCAGAGAAUCGGAGCGCAGAGCCAAAAACAAACUACUGGAGAUCACCAGCAAAUCGGAAUAUUCGCCUGUGUCGUUGUCUGCCAACUCUCUUCCUGCCGAUGGUCCUAACUUCAACUUCAGCAUGGAGAACCUGAGUUUUGACUUCAAAGACACAGACAUGAAACGUCUGUCCAUGGAGAUCGAGAAGGAGAAGGUUGAGUACAUGGAGAAGAGCAAACACCUUCAGGAGCAGCUGAAUGAACUGAAGACUGAGAUUGAGUCAUUAAAGCUAAAGGAGCGAGAAACGCCUCUAGACAUCCUCCAUAAUGAGAACACGCAGAAAGGCACCAGCAAGCAGAGCAACUUUAAAAAGGAUGUAAACGGAACUCAAUGUGGCUGGUAUGCAGGAUCGAUAUGGGAUGACCAGAGGAGAGAUCCAGAGAGCCAGGAACACAGAUAUUCGGAUUUAAGGAACGACGACAACCAGAGGGGGGACCAGGAAAAACCCAGCCUGAUCUCACGAGAAAACAAGAAGGCAAGGCUUGUUGUACCAACCCAGGCUCAUUCCGAAAACGUAGUCCCAAGGAUGUUUCCGGAGACCGCGAAUUAUGUAGCUGGAGGUACGUAUGGCUGCAUUUAGUUUUUUAAGCGAACGCUGCGGGGCGGUAUGACGCCGUUCCUUUUUGCGCUCGCCGACUGACCGCUUACCUUCAUGUGGAGGGCUUUCCCGCUGUAACCAGUUUGUCUGGUUAGCUCGUCCUGUGCGUCGGCGGACUCGAGACGCAGAGAGGAGCUGACCACGACGACGACGAGUGGGUUCGAGUCCAGGGAAGAGCGGUUCAAGAAAUCAGGUAAGACUAAAACAGAAUCCAAGAAAUAAAGCGAAGUGGUUCAUAACAGGGUGACAAUGUGGUAAAAUUCGAAAAUGUGGUAAAAAAAAUAAUAAAUCGGACGAGGGCUUUUCUUUUUCCGGACGGCCUUUGUAAAUCGUUGGUUGGGUUUAUGGCGGGCGGGUCGAUCGGUAAAAUUGUUUGGGUACGGGGAAGGAGGAGGGUGGGUCGGCCGGCCAGUCAAUCAUUCAGCCAGUCGGACAGACAGACGUUCGUUCGACAGUGGCCUCUGGUGGAUUCACGCAAGAACAGCGCGGGCGCGAACGGCACAUGCGGGAAAAGUCCGAGAAAGCCAAAAAGGCGCACACAGCGGCCUCUCGUGGAUUCGCGAAAACCAAAAACUGCAAAAAACGUACCUCCCGGGACGUAUUUCGCGGUCUCCAGAAACGUCCUCGGGACUACAUUUUCGGAAUGAGCCUGGGUUGCAACCGUUGUACAGAUCAGCUAGACCAGCAGUUUCUUUUCAAAAGCAAACAUAACAGAAAGGUGUACUAUGAACACAUAGUUUUACCUUGUUUUUACAUUGCUCUUAUCUGUCUUGUGGAACUUCACCGGACUCAUCUCUGAGCUUUCUGCAUCACAAAUACAACGUACAAUGUACAAAGUAAGCUACACACUCAGAAAUCAAGGUACAAAAUCUGUCACUAGGGUGGUACCUUUUCAAAAGGUACACUUUUGUACCAUACUGGUGGAUUGACUUUGUACAUUUUUAUGUUACUGUGGGGUACACAUUUGUACUUUUGAGGUAUUAUUAUGUACCUUUUAAGGACCUGUUAAAUCCCAGUCAGAUCACACGAUUUUUUUUGUAGGUUACAAAAGUCACUAUGUCAGAUUAUCCGAUUUUGUCUUGAUAAAAUCUUGACUUGUUGUGGGCAACACAUGUGCCAGACUACACGUUAUUUCACGAUCAGUCAUCCCGUGAUGUCAACGAUGAGCGUUAUUUCCCAAAGAAGUCACAAGUGUUGCUAAAACAAUAUUUCUUAACUCAAUUUACAUGCGUUUUUUAAUCUUAUGCCAAUCUUAAUAAACACUCAUGCUUGCUGACAACUAGGCUACAUUAUUUAAGGGCAUUCGUUAGGAUAUUGAUAGAAUCAAAUGCGUUUUUCCUUUUUAAUAUUAAGAUGUUUUCUUUUAAAUCUAAAUGUAUAUUUUCCAGCCAUGGGUUGCUUAUUAAACACUCCCUCACCUGAACUUGCCGCGAGUGAGACGGAGAAAAUGAAAGCACAUCAGCACCAAGGAAAAAUCUGAUGCUCAAGACAAAAUAAUGACAUAUUUAAAAAUAUUUGCAAAUAUAUGACAGAGGUUUGUGAUACAACAAUUAUUGUAAAGCAUUAAUUAAAUCCUAAUUUUUCAUGGAGCAAAACAAAUAAUCUAACCGCGCUGUUGAGUAGUGGAUUGGCACAAACAAAAAAUAAUUAGUAUAUUAAUUUUGGAAAACAAAUCUUUUUGAAACAAAUUU